GCUCACAGACUUUGUUCUCACGUUCUCCGAAAGAUGAAUUGCACUGGCAGGGCUGCUAACACUUCCUCUACAACUUCAUAAUUCAGUGAUGUUUGUUUAACGCUUCUUCGCUGCGUGAGUUAGUCUUUUGUUUUUCAACUGGCAGCAGUGGGGGUAAUACAACUGGCACGAUAUGACAUCUACACACAUGGGAAAAUAUUUCGAAAGCAGCGAGUGACUCGAUAUAAUGAUUGCGAGCGUUUUUCAUGUAUUAAUGAGGAUUAAACUUUGUUUACUUUACCUCGAGAACAGCACUUAACGGGCAAAUGACAAGACAGUUGAAAUGCUCCCGGUAACUUCUGUUAGAUGAUACCUGGCGAUCCAGUUGUGGUGACCAAACAGGUGUGGAGAAACACAGAAAGCAAUCCAUAAAUAUGGAGAAAUAUGAGAAUCUUGGGCUAGUUGGAGAAGGAAGUUAUGGUAUAGUGAUGAAAUGUAGACACAAAGAGAAUGGGAGGAUUGUUGCUAUCAAGAAAUUUCUGGAGAGUGAAGAUGAUAAAAUGGUCAAGAAAAUUGCCAUGCGGGAAAUUAAAUUGCUAAAACAACUGAGGCAUGAUAAUUUAGUGAACCUGUUGGAGGUAUGCAAGAAGAAGAAACGCUGGUACUUGGUGUUUGAGUUUGUUGACCACACAGUACUGGAUGACCUUGAGCAGUUCCCUGGAGGCCUAGAGUACAACCGUGUUCGCAAGUAUCUUUAUCAGAUUUUGCGAGGACUUGGCUUUUGUCACAGUCAUAAUAUCAUCCACAGAGAUAUUAAACCUGAGAAUAUAUUGGUUUCAAGCACUGGUGUUGUUAAAGUCUGCGAUUUUGGGUUUGCCAGAAUUUUGGCAGCACCUGGUGAAUCUUAUACGGAUUAUGUUGCCACUAGGUGGUACAGAGCUCCAGAAUUGUUAGUGGGAGAUACGAAAUAUGGCAAAGCUGUGGAUAUAUGGGCUGUUGGCUGCUUGGUAGUUGAAAUGCUGACUGGAGAACCAUUGUUCCCUGGGGACUCUGACAUAGACCAGUUAUAUCAGAUUAUGAAAUGCUUUGGAAGUUUAACACAGAGACAUCAGGAGCUGUUCUACAAGAAUCCACUUUUUGCUGGUGUGAAGCUACCUGAAAUCAAGGAAGUUGAGCCUCUAGAAAGACGAUUUCCAAGAUUAUCAUUUUUAGUGAUGGACCUAAUUAAGAAAUGCUUGCACAUUGAUCCUGACAGGAGGCUGUCCUGUGCUGAACUGCUGCUACAUGACUACUUUAACAAAGAUGGAUUUGCUGAAAGAUUUAUGCAGGAGCUGAAUGCAAAACUUCAGAAGGAUAACAAAGAAAAUCCCCCUUUCUCCAAGAAGUCAAGGAUUGCUAAAAAGGACAAAGAAGACAACUUUGGAGAAGACAAGAAAGCUGCAUGUCUCAAGGAUACAGAUGUGGAUCACAAAUCCAAACACAGUAAACAUGAUAAAAUUCUUAAAUCAAAAGGAACAAAAGCUGACUUAGAGAAAAAUGAAAAGGUGGACAAACCUACAGACAUGGAUAACAGUGAUCGAUACGAGAAGGCAAUAGACCAUGGAGCUGGUUAUGGAAAGGCUGCUCCUCAGGCAUCUCUGAAAGACACAAAUACUUCUGAUCGUCCAAAAACCCCAGGGAUUACAGUAAUUCCACCAAUCUCAUCAAACCCUACUUCAUUCAUAAACUCAAAGCCAGGGAUUGGUGUUACAUCUGGAUCACAGAACUAUAGGGUAAAUGAAAAAAUGAAGAAGCAUGUAAACUUUUUUAGAAAGUUAAGCCAGCCUACGCCAAGCAGCCUUUUCAAUCCUACGCAUAUUACAACAGUCCCCAGUGAAAAGAAUAUCCUACAGACAAACAAGAAAAAAAUGGAAUUUGGUAAAGUGGAUGUCCACUUCCCUGAGUUAAAUAAUAACCAUAUUCCAGACCUGAAGGGAAUAGAUGGUAAGCAGUUCUUACAAAAAUAUUGA